GUGAUCGUCGCCCUGCUGAGCAAGUUCACGGUCGCUGACAACCCGGCGAAAUACGCCCUGUACAAGCGCUACCGCAGGGAGGAGCAGGUGUAUGUGUGCAAGCUGGCGGAUGGCGAGCAGCCGUUGUUUCUCCGUCUGGUGGCGGGGCCCGACACCGACACGCUCAGCUUCGUACUGAGGGAACAGCAGACCGGAGAAGUCAUGUGGGACGCGUUCUCCAUCCCCGAGCUGCGUAACUUCCUGCGGAUCCUCGACAAGGAGGAGGACGAGCAGCGGGAGGCGGUGAUCCGCCGCUACGAGGCGUACCGCCAGAGACUGCAGGAGGCGCUGAGGGAGGUCCGAGGGCCUUCUUAAGAGGAGUCAGCUCCAGGAAACAGGAACUGCUGCCCCCUAGAGGGCCGGAGGAGUCUUUAAAGCUCCUCGGAGGAGACGAAUAGUGUAAAUUGUGAUGGAGAGAAAAGGAGGAGAGGAUCCACCGACCGAAGGACUGAAAGAGGGAUGAUAUAAAGACGAAGGACGAGAGAUUAAAGGGACGAACGGACAAAAGUCAGAUGGAUUAAAGACUUCGAACUGCAACCAAAGAUUCAUAAUUGUGCCAUAUUCAUCCUCUCAUCAUCCUCUCAUCCUCUCAUCGGUCCUGCUGUCACAUAAUUUAUGCAGUUCCUUUUUGUUUCCCCCCUUUUUUUUUUAUCGUUUAAACUUGUGAAAAGACUUGAGGCCAUAUGUUUUAUUUAAUUUGUUUUAAAGGUUUGUACAUAUUUUUUUUUUCUUAAUUUAUAUGGGUGAAGCUUUUUAAUCUUUUUUUUAUUAUUUUGUUUUCUUGAAGCAAAAAAAGGUCUUAUUUUUAUUUUAUUCUACGGAGGCGGAGCAGCAGCAGGUUGUUGACACAGAGAAUAAUUUAAUACACAGCGAGAAGUUAGAGAGACGUCCUCAUCGUCAGGUUUUGAUUGAAUUACCCUGAAAGUUGAUGAAUAUUUCUGUAGAGAGAAAGUAGUCCCAGUAUGGAGUCUCAAGUGUGCCAAAGAAACAAUUUAAGAUAAUUUUUUGUGUGUUUUUUGUUUUGUUUUUAGUGCUUUUAACAAAACACUAAAUAACAAACUGUAAAAUAACAGAACAGGUCACAUGGAUUUGUUAAAUUUACACUAUUUACAUUACAUUUUAUUAAAUAUAAUUGGCAAUUUAAAAAAAAAAUCAUUAAAGUAAAUAAGCAGCACAAUUUGUUGAAUCGUAACUCCUGUUUCCAUUAUUUUCCUGCUUUUAUCUUCUUUUAUUUAUGGAAAUAUAGAAAUUUAAAAACAAGUUUAAAGAGUUUAUAUUUACUUAUAUUUGUUUUUUAUGCAUAAUUAUAAUAUUAAUUGAAUGAAUCUUUUUUUUUAAUGUUUUAUUAUCAGUAUUGGCACACUUUAGACUCCAUAGAGUUGUCCUGAAGCUGAAUGUUGUCGACGAGGCUGCAGAGAAAUAAAAAGGUGAAGUUCAGGUUUAAUGUGACAGAAAACAAACGGACUGAAACAAUAAAGUCGAACAGAAACGUCUGAACGCAGGAAGACGUUCGGUUGUUUGUUCUGACGAGUGAAGACGAGUGAAGACGAUAACGACGAUCGGUUGGAUUUAAAGUGUUUGUUUGCGGGUGUAGUUUGGAUAGAUCCCUGACCUUUGACCCCCACAGUGUGGUCAGAGGAGGGAAGAGUCGAGUGGUUUCUGCAAGUUGAGAGAGCCGUUUAGAGGAAGUAGAAACAUUAGACGGAGGACGGACGAAGUUUUGUGUUUGAGAAGCAGUUUGACCUCGAGGACGACGGCGAGAUUAACGGCUGGUUUUUAUUAAAGCUCCCGAAACCUCCGAGAGAAAAGGAGGCCUGGGAGCGCCGAUAGCCGGAGGGAACGGGGGGGGGGGGGGGGGUGCGUUCAUAAAUGUUUUUGUGCUCUUAUCUGGAGCUGAAACGUGCAGCCUCGACCUCCUCGUCAACCCGGGUUCAGUUGUGUGGUGGAUUAAAAGAAAGACAGGAAGUGAGAGAUGGAAAUACAGGAAAUGAGUGUUAGUAAGUGUAAGAGAAGGUUUCAUUAAAGGCUGUUUGUUAUAACGGACGUAAACAUUAUGCCUUAAAUAUAUAAUAUAUAUAUGCAAUGUGAUGGCUUAGAGACCCAAAGAGGCUCGUUUUCAGCGUAGUUUAGUAGAAACAUGCAGCCGAUGUUCAGUGAAGACAAUCGCAAACAAAACUAUAGAUCAGUUCAAAUCAAUCACAUUACAAAGUAAAAGGCUUCAUUGUUUGAGCUGCAGGUACUGAUUGAAGUCAACGUUGUACAAUACCGCCAUCUAGUGGACAGAUACCGCAACUGCUCUCAUUUCUGUGUCAGAAUUAUCUUUAAGAAGAUUUAAUUGUUUUGUUAUAAACCAAAGAUAUUUUUGUGGUGUUGCCUGGAGCAAAGAAAUAUAUUAGAGGCCUCUUCCCAUCGGAGGGAAAAACAUAUAUAGUUCAGAGUUUUAUUUAAAGGGGUUUUAACCCUCGAUUAUUCUACUAUCAAACACUGGGUUAAAUCUACGGAGGCAAAAAGAGGCCGUAAGGAUUUGAAUCUUGCAAGCGACUGAGUAUCUAAUUGUGAUAUUUAAAGGGGCACUUCAACAAUUUUAUUGAAAUAUUAUUAUUUUGAUUAAAAAAACAAACCUGAUGGUCUUGAGGCUUAACAGAAAGUGGUGUUGCAUUAUGGGAAAUGUAGUAUCCAGUACUCUGGACUAAAAUUCAGUUCAAUAUUUGACUCCAGAAACCAUCUUUUUUACUUUUUUUGUGGUUUUAAUUCCUGUCUUUGACAUUCUCAGUGAGACAGAAAAAUUAAAGUACCAUAAAAAUAAUAAAAAAAAAACUGCUCAAAUUUAAUUGAAUCGUCUUUAUUUAAAAAAAUUAAUGUAACGAAGUUUCUCAAACUGUGGCAUCAAAAUUCAAGAUGGUGAAAUUAAACAUUUGUGCUGCCAAUAAAAUGCCCAAAAAUAUCAAACAACAUAAAUGGGGUAUUCAGUCACUUACUUUAACUAUUUUGGCCUGUUUUUGCUUCCGUAUAAUAUAAUUUAAAACGAUACGAACGUCUGCAUGAAAACAGUUAAUGAAUCUUAAAGCCAUGUUGUUGUUUGUGUAUCUGAUAAACAACUUUAACUGUUAAAGUUAACUGAGACUCGUCGUAUCAAUGAAUUUAUUUUUUUGGUCACUUUAACUUUGAAUUCAGGGAAAACGGGUUUUUGAUUUUUCUUUUUUUCCUCCUGUUUAAUCUUCAAACUACCACCAUCGCACUCCGUACUUCAUCUUAACGUCUAAUACACUAUAAUCUUAUUUUGAAAGAUCUUGUUAAGCGACAGUACAGUGUGACAGAUUAUUUUAAGCUAAUUUUUUUGUUAUAUUUUUUGUCUUUAACGAGCUUCCGUAUAGUUUUUUGCUCCGAGUUAGCUGUAGACUGUGAAACGUUUGGUUGAAUCUCUUCGUGUAAAUAUGAGCUCACUGAACGCACUGCUGGACAUUAAAGCUUGCGUUACCGUAGAAACGCAGCCGGUCAGACGACAAUCAGAAAAUAAUUUAAAACUAUUUUUAUUAUUUUUCACGUUGUCAGAUCGGCUUGUUAAAAUAUAAAUUAGGCUUCUUGAUCAAUUAAUCUGUACUGAUUAUGGGCCAGUGGAUGAAUGAAGAGUUGAUAUAUGACAGUUUGUAUUAUUGUUUUUAAAGCUGUUCAAACUGGAGACUUUCAAAAUAAGGUCCAUUCUUGACUUUAUUUUGAAAUUUUUCAUUCAUGGAAAAAUGGCAAGAUUCAGUUUCACAUCAGGUAUUCUCCAACUGUCUUGUUGCACCAUAUAAUGUAUGUUUCUCUUCAUACGGAGGUCCUGUGUUGACCAAUAAACUCACACUGCUGAUGAAGGCUGUAAAAUGUGACAGAAAGUUUUGGAAAAAACAAAGGAAGUGGACUUUUAUUUUGCAGAAGAGAUAUCGGUCGACUGCGUGUGUAUUUUAUAGCACUUGUUAACAUCAAAAAGCGGCGACCCCUAGUGGGGUCACAACCCUCAGGUUGGAAACCCAAUUUUAUGGUCCAAUGAUUGUAGUUUCCUGAUUUUUAAUUAAUUAAUUAAAACAAAAAAACAUUCAAUUUUCACUUUAUCCUGAAAUUUCUGUGUAAAAAAAAAAAAGCCUAAAAUUAUCCCAACAUGCAUUGCAAUUUCUUUAAAAAAAAACAAUUAUUCGAUUAAUCAAUAAGUUGAUCAGUUCACUUUAAGGUUAUCUGAACUGAAACGAUCAGAAACAGUUUUAAUAAUUCAAAAUAAAUAAACAGAAUUUCUUGUUUUUUGUUGUUAACCCAUCAAAGGUCAGAUUGUAUGGAGUCCCAAGGGUGCCAAAAAGAUAUUAUAGAUCAAUUAAAGUUAAUUUCACCAUAAUGAGUUUGUAUGGUGCAAAAACACAGUUGGAUUUAUUGAUUUAAGAAUAUUUAUUUGUUUUGAUUUUUAAACAUUAUGGUGGCUUCUAAACGCCGUCAGCAGCGAUUUCUGCUGUAUCAGAGCAGAUGUUGAGAAAACUCCUGAAAGCUCCAGAACAGCCACUAAAUGGACCUUGUGAUGUUAUUUUCGGCCUAAAUUCAGUUUUGUGUUUCGUGUCUCCAGUUUGAGUCUGUUAAUGUCAAAGAUCUGUCUCUGUUGCUCUUUACUGAUUUUAAAGCGAUUCUGUUUUUGGAGAACCAGAUUUAUCUCACGAGUCUGAGCUCAGAUAAAGUUCUGCUCUGUUCUUCAACACUUGAUGCAAAAAAAACAAAAAACAAGCAAAAGGUCAGAAGUUUUAAUUUCAGAGCCGAGCUGCAAAAUCCCCCAAAAAUUACUGUUGAGUGAAAAAUCUUAAUUUCAACAUUUAAUCUGAAGAUCAGUAAAUUGUAUUUGAGUGAGAAUUCGUUGGAUUAAUUUGAGCUCGGCUGUGAAAGUUUGGGCCUCAUCGGUGCCUUUGUGGAGUUUCAUCAGUUUAUUUCUGUGUUUUCUCUUUGAAUCAAAUGUGGCCUUUCCUCACAAACGGCUGCGUCUAUUAAAGCUGAAAUUAAAACAA